GUUUUUUUUGGAUUAAGAACAGAACCACUCUAGUGUGACAGCACUGGUACAGUGUUAUAGUAGUAUCAUGCAUUGUGUUUCAUAACAGACCAGGUCCAAGUCACCUUGUGGAACAGAAAAAAAAUGUUCAAAGAUAGAAUAAUGUGAAUCAGCUAAAUGACUUUUGCAUUUACUGUACUUCAGUUUAAAUGACGCAACAUUGGUUUAACUAUCACUGCAAGGAAAAAACAAGGAUUCUUUAACACAAAGGUAAAGUCCACUGUUCAGUAUAAAUGGAGAACAAAGAUCUGCCUCUGAUCGCAAAUGAGUUCCAGGAGAACGGGUCAAUGUUUGAAGAAUCACUUGAUGAAUUUGUUGGAAGAAACCUUUCAAAGUUGAACCUCUGUGAAGAAAGGCCAACUGGGAGACGAAGGACACCAAGCAAUAUCUGCAACCGAUGGAGCUCAAUGGGAGGCAUCAAAUGUGCAAUAGUUGUCCUGUAUCUUCUCGUUUUCCUCAUUUGCAUUGGAAUUAUCAUUGUUGCAGUUCCCAGACAUCAACGCUCACCCGUUGAUUGGAAAAUAUUGACAGACAACAUUACAACCUUAGGUGAAGGCUUCAAAGACAUGCGUCAAACAAUGGAGCAGAAGGCAUCCAAGGAAGAUGUCAUGGAUAAUAUUUUGAAACUACAUGAACUUUUCCGGAAUCGUUCAGUCCUAUGGUUUCAAUUGAGCGAGUCUGUUCAGAGACUGGAAUCCAAGCUGCAGAGCUUUGAGGCACGCAUGGAUGACAUUAAUGCAUCUGUGAAUGAUUUAGAAGAUGAUUUACAGCAGUUUAGUUCAACAAACCAACAAGAAAUAUACAAUUUGUCUCUAAGUUUAAGUAGUGCACAGGAUACACUCCAAAAGCAACAGGCAAACUUAAAACAGUUAACGUCAAAUGCAGGAAAUCUGAGUAGGCAGGUGAAGGAGGCGCGUUGGGCACUUACUACAGUCAACAGCACCUUCACAGAGGAUAUUAGCAACCAACACACGAGACUUCAGCUAUUUCAAAUACGUUUGGCAAAUGUGUCAGAAGAUGCGAAGAUUUUGAAGGUUGUUCAGCAAAACACAGAGAAGCAACUGAAACAGGAGGUAGCCAUGCUCAACAAUGUCACAGAGGAUCUGAGGCUGAAGGACUGGGAGCAUUCCCUUACAUUGAAAAACCUUACUUUAGCGCAAGGACCCCCUGGACCAAAAGGUGACAAAGGUGAUCAAGGAUUUCCGGGACAUGAAGGACUAAAUGGAUUACCUGGACAUGAUGGGAUUGUUGGUAUCCCUGGACUACCUGGAUCCCUGGGACUCAAAGGAGAUUCUGGAGAGCGUGGACUACCUGGGUUUUCUGUCAAGGGACAAAAAGGAUCAUACGGUCGCAGAGGUGAAAGAGGAAGAAAAGGAGAAAAGGGUGAGAAAGGAGAUAAUGGAGAAAUUGGACCUGUGGUAAGACUGGUGAAUGGCACAGGACCUCACGAAGGCAGGGUGGAGGUUUUCUAUGACAAUCUCUGGGGGACAGUGUGUGAUGAUAAGUGGGACAAGUUGGAUGGAGAAGUGGUCUGCAAGAUGCUUGGCUACAAAGAGGUUUCUGAAACCUAUACAGCAAAUAAGUUUGGACAAGGUACAGGGCUAAUCUGGAUGGAUGAUGUUGCCUGUACCGGGACAGAGGACACAAUUCUUCAGUGCAAAUUCUCAGGAUGGGGGAAGACUAACUGUGGACAUGCAGAAGAUGCAGGGCUUAUAUGCAAGGCUGACUGAUUUGAAAAGGGAACCCUUAAUCAUUUGAAGGACAUCAUUUUAAAUGAGUUUGUUUCUGCUUGGAUUUAUUUCCACCUAUUAAAAAAAUUACAAAAAGUACACCUAUUCUCUAUUUUCCAUAGUUCUAUCAUUUUAUGCCACAACAUCUGUGGAAAACAUAUAUAUUUAGCAGUAUUAUCUGUGGAAAAAGAUGAAACAUUAUAAUAAAUAUUGUUAGUUGUCUUGUAAUUAUUUUAUGCACUGAAGAACACAGACCCCAAAAUUUGAUUGUGCAUGUUGCAGCCCUGGAUAUUGAAAUCAACAAUACAAUAAAUAUUACCACUGUCAAUCAAUGCUAUUAUGCUGUGCUCCACUAAAAUGUAUAUGCUGGAUUACAGGGCCAUUCAAUAUUUGAUCCUGACUUCCGGUGCAUGGAGUUUGCACAUUUACUGUGACUGUGUGAAUUUCCCCCGCAAGUACUCUGGUUUUCUCUCACAUCCCAAUGCAAAACCAGUAGAUUGACUGGUUAAUGGUGUAGAUGGAUGGUAGGUGAAUCAGAAGGAGGUUAAUGGACAUAUGAAUGGGAUUAGUUGCAGGCCAUAAGUAGAGGAAUGGGAUUAAUGGGACUAUUCUGACAGCCAGGAUGGACUAAACGACUUAUUUCCAUGUCAUUAUAAAAUUCAAUGUAAUGUCAGAUUAGUUUAUUGUCAUAGACAAUAAGGUGCAAUUAAUUGUUUCCAUUGCUUCAGAUGUAACCUAGUCCGUUUCAUAAUCUCCCUAUACUUUCAACGUCAUUUUGUUAUGUACCAUUGCCUAGUUUAUGAUCAAGCCUAACCAUCCGACUCCCCAUCAAGGUAGGUGGUACUAAAGAAUGAAGUGCAAUGGUUCAAACAAGCCUUCCUCAGCAGAAUUGCAUAAAUGUCAUUCCUUCUUCAAGAAGAAUCUGCAAGGUACAGGUCUUCCAUACUUGAACAGGGAAAUUAUAAAGCAGACUAAGUUAAAUCUGAAGCAAUAGAAACAAUUACCUUUUACCAUUUUAAAUUCAGCUUUGGAAAUAAUCUAUCUAUGUUUCUUAGAAUUCUAUAUUUCUUUAUCAGGUCCCUCCUCAGGCUUUUCCACUUUUACAAAGAAAACAAAUCCAGUCCCUUGACAUUCCAGGCAACAUCAUCUUGUGGAGGAUGCCAGAUACAAUAGAUGUCUUUGCUUUUGGGGAGAAGGUGCUUCCUUUGCCCUCAUGUUAUAGCCAUGGAUUAAAGUCAAGGAGAGCUGCCAGUAGUCCUGACUGACUGAUGUCCAAUUUAUUUGUGUGGCUGGUGCCUGACCUUACAAUUAAUACCAUGAUGAGGCCACAGUCCAAUUUACAUAGUUCUGUCACUGGUCUCAUUAGGCAGACAUGAAUUCAGGAUCCAAAAUCCAAGCCAAGUCUCUCCAUUUUUAUCUAUGUCUGGGAUCACUGAACCAAAUUCACUUCAAUCCAAUGCCUUUUUCAUUCAUUUUUUUUUAGUUUGGAGAGCUAAAGUAUUUUACAGUCCCUGUGUAACAUUGUUUUUGUUUCAAGCCACUGAGCACAGAUUAACAAUUUGCUUAGAAACUUACCUCAGGUGAUGCAAAAUAAAAUUUCACUUAUUUUGA